CCCUACCUACCUUUUCUAUGGACGUGCUGUGGAGAAGACACUAUGUAAUCUUGUGAAGGCAGUGAGUGUAGUAUCUCUAGUGUCUUACAGGAAGAUGUAUAUAUAGGGGGCGAUAUGCUUUCUUGGUCAGAAGACCAUUCCCUUCUCGUCUAAAUACUCCCUGAAAGAAAGGAUACACACUCAAUUCCUUUUGUUCCUGAGUUCUCCCUGAAGAACACAUACAGAGUCGACUCUUUUGCUUCCGCACAUAUAUAGAAUAAUGUCCACGAACAAACCAACACAGAAGAAUGAUGUUACUAUCAUGUCAAGCAUGCUGGCUUCUCGCAUUAUCUGCGCAAUGCAGCCGACAAAGAGUUACUUGCAGUGGUCUGAUGAUCUCCAUAUGAUCUUUGUGAAAGCUGUGGCGUAUCAAGGAGGUCCCCAUGAAGCUAAACCAACUGCACUGAAGGAGACGAUGGAAGCUAUGGGAGUCAGGGGCCUUACAAUCCAAAACAUCAAGAGUCACCUCCAGAGGUACAGGGAGAAGUGUGAAUUAGGUGCUGAAGCUCCUGCUGUUAAAGUGCCAGGCACCACAUCACUUUGCAAGGAAGCACUUAAUCAGGCGUCUAAGAUACUGAUGGACACUGAUGCAGUUAUGUUGGAAAUGGAGAUAGUGAACAAUUUCCUUAUGGAUGACAUAGAGAUGGUUGAUAACAACUUUUCUGUGGACCGGGUGCAGAUGAUGGAGAAGGAGCUGAUGGAUGCAAUCCAGGUUGUGUACAGUCACAAUGACAAUGAAGCUAAUUUUUCGUGUCCGCAGUUGAUCGAGCACAACUCGCAGCAUCCGCAGACUGUGAUUGAUGAGUACACAGCUGACUUGGCCAAUUAUGCAUUUGGCCAUCUGUGAUUCCACUCUCAAGACCGAUGCCAAGACUGUUUCUGGAACAAAGCAAAAUGUCCAUGAUGAUGCAAGAAGUUCCCCAUGUAAACUUGGCGAAGCGUAUGUUGUUUGGUACGGCAGGAAUACUGAUGAAAUAGGACCGGCUAAAAUUGGAAAAGGUAUAUUCGUGCCAUGCACUCUAGACUGCUCCGGGAUAAGUGCUUCAGUGAUUGAAAUUUGCCCCUUAUUUAGAUGCAAAAUUCAAAAUUCCAAAACUAUCACAUUGAAUGAACAUGGAGUAGUAAAUUUAGACGAAAUAAAAAACUAAUGGCAUAAUUUGCUGAUAAAUUA